AAAAUCCAACGGAGAGACUCUCCUACGCCAGAACUUUCUGAGCUUCUGUCUGUCUGUGUGUGUGUGUGCGCGUGUGUGUGUGUGUGCGUGCGUGUGUGUGUGUGUGUGUUUUGGGGAGGGGGGGAAGUUCGUUGGAAUAUGGUUGGGGAAAUGGAAAAUAAGGAACGACCAAAACCGACCCCAGACUAUCUCAUGCAAUUGAUGAACGACAAGAAGCUGAUGAGUAGCCUGCCCAACUUCUGCGGCAUUUUCAACCAUUUGGAGAGGUUGCUGGACGAAGAGAUCAGCAGAGUGCGGAAAGAUAUGUACAACGACACGUUAAAUGGCAGCACAGAGAAACGAAGUGCAGAAUUACCAGAUGGUGUGGGGCCGAUUGUACAAUUACAAGAGAAACUUUAUGUGCCUGUUAAAGAAUAUCCAGAUUUCAACUUUGUUGGAAGAAUUCUUGGACCCAGAGGACUAACAGCAAAACAGUUGGAAGCAGAGACUGGAUGCAAGAUUAUGGUGCGAGGAAAGGGCUCAAUGAGGGACAAGAAGAAGGAGGAGCAAAACAGAGGCAAACCAAACUGGGAACACCUGAAUGAAGAUUUGCACGUAUUAAUCACUGUGGAAGAUGCACAGAACAGAGCAGAAAUCAAGCUAAAGAGGGCAGUGGAGGAAGUCAAGAAAUUACUUGUACCAGCAGCAGAGGGAGAGGAUAACCUCAAGAAGAUGCAACUGAUGGAAUUAGCGAUACUGAACGGCACCUAUAGAGAUGCCAACAUCAAAUCACCUGCCCUUGCCUUUUCUCUUGCAGCAACAGCCCAAGCUCCACGGAUCAUUACAGGGCCCACGUCAGUUCUUCCACCAGCUGCCUUGCGAGCCCCUACGCCAGCUGGUCCAACUAUUAUGCCUCUAAUUAGGCAAAUUCAAACAGCAACAGUCAUGCCUAAUGGAUCCCCUCAUCCAACUGCAAUAGUGCCUCCUGCACCUGAAGCCGGUCUAAUCUAUACUCCUUACGACUAUCCUUACACACUGGCACCAGCUACUUCCAUCCUGGAGUAUCCCAUUGAGCCUAGCGGAGUUUUAGGUAUGGCAUUCCCAACGAAAGGCUAAGAAUUCAAGGACGCAUGUCACUGAACCCUCAUCAGAUCUGAACUUUAACAAAUGCUUAGUUUCACAGCAGCCAUGGACAAAAUGUACCCAACCUGACUGUCAUUGAAAUGCUAGCAUUGCGUGUGCGUGUGUGUGGGGGGGGGGGGGGGGGUGGAGAGCAAGUAAGAGUAAGUGUUGUGAUGUCACUCACUCUCUCUCACACACACAUGCACAUAGACAUUUGGAAACCAGUUGGGUCAAUUAGUUAUAAUUGUGGCCUAGUGCUCUUCCUAUCAUUUUUGGCACGUCUAUCCCAGAAGAACCACACACUGUGUAUUUCUUUGCUUGUUUGGUAUAGGGUACUUACUUUAUACAUCAUUGCAAUUUUUAGCUAGUGAUUUCUGAGUUAAGCAUGCAUUUUUUAGGUCAAGCAAUUGCUGCAAAUUUUUAAAGAUUUGUAGAGAUUUUAUUUUUAAGAAAAUAACUGAUUCAGUGUUAUGGAUUAAAACUUUUUUCUCUGCAAGGUGCACUCCACUGAUUAUAUGACUAGUAAAAUUUAAUUGUGCUUGGAUCUAACUGAGUAAUCUCAUUUCAUAUAGUGGGAAUUUUAGUGAGUGGAUAGCAGCAAUGGGUUAAGACUAUGUCUUUUGAAAUGGAAUGCAAUAUUAACAUGCACAGUUGUACUCAAUUAAGUAAUUUCUGCUUGAAAGUUCAAUUUAUGAAGGUGCUGUGCCUUAACCUACUUUUUAACUGCUAUCUUGCUGUAAUUUCUAAUGUAAAUCCAUCUUUGAUCUGCCAUUGAAAUGCUAUUGAUAUGUUAACCAAUCACUUCCUAGGAAAUUCCUCUAACCAUGUGUUGGAAAUGUUGUAAUUUAACUAGGUGCAGUGGCUACUAAAGUUCGAAGGCACGAUAUGCGGGUCCAUCCUUACCAAAGGAUUGUGACCGCUGAUCGAGGUUAGUUUAGUUCUGGAGUUUUUGUUUUUUGUUGAACUUGUUGACUGUAAGGGUGCUGCUUUGCAAAAUCACAUCAGUUGGGGUUGACCGAAGGUCUAAUUUCUGAGGACCAGUUAUGUCCAUUUUUAUUCAGCAAAAUAUCACUGUGCCCAACAACUCUUCAGAUUUUUGUUGCAAAGUUUUCCCAAAACUUCUGAAUUAAGUUCCUCACAUCGAAUGGGAAUGCAGAAAGGAAUUUAAGGCUGGAGAAAGAGAAUAUUAGUGUUCCUGUUCCUGCCUGAUAAAACUGAUGAACUUUUGAGAAAUAUGUUGUAACUAAACUGCCAAUAUGUUUAAUAUUGAGGGAGGGAGGGGGAAAUGCAUUCACUUAUUUUAAAAGUAGCCAAAUCCAAAAAGACUUUUCAGACAAUGCUUUUGAAAGGACCAAAUCCUUUUCCUUGAAGAAACUCUUGAAUUGUGCCUUUAUAAUCUUCAGAGGAAUAUAAUACAUGAAUAUGAAUUUAUACGCUGUUGUACCUGAUUCUUAUCAAUGCUUGUUGUGGCGUGCAUGCACGUUUUAUACCAGCACUGGACCCUUCAUGCCAAUACAGUUGGGUCAACAUUUUAUCUGUGUAGCUAUUUUGGGAUUAUGUCCCCAUAAUGUAUUCAGAAGGUCUUAACAGGAAUCAAUGUUCAUUUUCCCAGCCUAACUCUUGCUGUAAUUAUUGCCCUUAGACCUGUAAAUUAAAAAAAAUCUAAAUUAUUAAAAUAUUUUAGGCUCACAUACACCAUGAAUCCACGAAUUUUCACUUCUGAAUUUUCAAAGACAUUAUUGCAUUCAACCAGUAGCUAUGUAAACUUGCAAGAAUUAAAAGUCUUGAUGAACUUUUAUUAAAAGUUAGAUUCAAAACAAGUGAAACAUCAGUAUUUACUCAUCUACUUUUUUUCUGGCAAUAACAAACAAAAUUGCUCCCUGUAAACGAAUGUCCAAUGUACAUUUUGUUUCUCUGAUCCAAAUAGUUUUCAUGACCUGGCAGUUAGUUUUAUGUUGGGAAGUGUACAAUCUUUUAGGCGCACUUUAAGUUUUUAAGUGAGAUUGUGUCUAAUUUGGAGUUGAGGGUGGGGAAUAUAAAAACUGUGAAGAAAGGGGAAAGGAAGAACAGUGGUAUAGAAUGAUGGAUGCAGUGUAGAACUUGAUCUGGCCACAAACAAUAAGAUAGAAAUCAACUUCCUUUGCAUUCUGCUGGCUCUGAGAUAUUUUAGGUCUACAAAUCCCAACUGGCAUGCAUAUUCAUGGCUAGGAGACAGAGAGGUGGUACUGAUGUUUUGACUGCAUGGAGAAUAAUUAGCAUCUUUUAUACAAGACCCAGGGUAGUAAUUGUUGCAAUCAAAAGCUGAGUAAGGAUACAACUCCUGGUGUCAUAAAAAAAAGAUAUCUAGAUAGAUUGCUUGGAUAAUACUGUAACAUUCACCAUUUUAUGUAAUGGAGGGUUUUUCUUGCACUUAAUCUGGAGAUUAUUUUCCAAGACACCAAGAGCUCAGGUAAAUUCUGUAAAUGAUCAAAACUCUAGAGGGUUCUUAGGCAAGUCCAUUGUCAUUCAUACCAUUAAGUUCUCAUUCAGGUCUGUAUGGUGUAUUGAGAGCCUAAAUUAUCACAUUGUUUUCUAUUAUUAAAUUUGGACUUUAAUUUAUUCAUGAUUUUUUUAAAGCCAGUGUCUACCAACUGGGUCUAAGGGAUUUCUGUACUCAAAAUAAUAUAUGGGUUGCUAAAAUAGAUGGUUCCCUUCCUUUGCAUAGGAUUACGUGCCUCUUAAGUAUUUGUUUUGCAACAAAAAAUAUUUCACAGUUGAUUUAGAUGUUAUUACUUUUAACCUAAUAUUUAGAUUUGGUGAUGGGUUUAUCACUGCAUCAUUCUUUACUGCAAAGAAAAUGACUCUACAGUUUAACUUUACAGAAAUGUAUUUGGUACAGAUAACAAGAUAGACUGACUGAAGUAAUUGGAAUAAACUCCACAUUGUGUUGCACGGUUAUUGAACCUGUGUGUACUGUUGAAAGCCUAGGACUGAGCAGAGGAUUUGAGCAGGUGUAUUGGUUGAUUAGAGAUUACAACCAUUUUGUUGGUCCUUAUAGGCUGUGUGCUCUAGAAGACAAGUAAACAUAUAUACUGUUUAAAUUUUCCUGACCAUAUUGUGGCCUUGUACAAAUAUUUGGCAACACAUAUUAAAUCACUAAUGCAAUGGAUUUUAUCCAGAAUUUUGUGAAGAAAAACUUCUAAUCAUGUGUCUUUUGAAUGUAAAAUAUUUAUACAGGCAUCAGUCCUUUCUUCAUUUUAACAGGUACACUGAAAGAACUGUCAUUACAGUAUUAUGUUUUGUUACACCAUGACCUCAGCUGCUAAUAUAUUUAGAUAUUGUGCAGAAUCAGUGUUCGAUUCCACGCAGUUCAAACUCCUGGCCUUCCAUUGGCUCUCGGUGGGUGACGCACUCCUUUUUUUUUAAACCCACUAACAUGGGCAAAUGAGCUGUUCUUCAAUCCUGUGAUUUAUUCCUUCUUAUCCUGUAGAAGAUGAGGUCUAAAACUUGAGUCAUCUUGACUGUAACAUGGAGAAUAAGUACAGCCUUGUAUAUGGGCCAUCAAAAGGGAUGCUGUUAUUAAGCAUUACACCAGAUUUACCUUGCUAAAAUGGCACAAAUUUGACUUUGCACUGAAUAAUUUAUUUCAUUUCCUCUGUUUAAGUCUUGCAGCCAACAGUACAAUAUUUCGGAACCUCAGAACUUUGAUACAUUUUAAGCUGUUGAACAAAAGUCUUAUUUUACAUUGAAGUGGACCAAGUUGGGUGGAGGGAAAUGGGUGAACAAGAGAAAGUAAAAGAGAAACAGAAUGAUUCCAGAACGCUCUGACUUACCAUUUUCCACUUGAGAACUUUUGUUUUACUGUAAUCAUCUCCAUUUUAAUUUUUUUUUGCAAAGAAAAUAGUAUUACAGGUGGCUUCUUUAAAAAACUAUAAAAAUAUAAAGCAGGAAUGUAUAUGAAAUUGUCAGAUUUUAUUGUAUUUGCAGAGUAUUAGCAUUGAAAUUCAUAAAUGAGGGCUGUUUGUAGUUUAAAAUGUGCAUUAUAGUGUUGAGUAGAAAUUCAUCUAUUUUUGGAUAUAUUUUAGGGCUUUAUAAACGUAGACUUUUAAACGGCAGGACUUCUUUUGUGUUUACAUGCAAAUGCAUUUUAUACAAGACUGUCCUAUAAGUGUACAAUAGUACUCUCAACUGGAAUACGUUGGAUAAAAGUAAAUUAAUUGGCCUCUUCCAAGUUCCUGUGAUGUAGCCAACACUGCUAUUCGUAUAAUUUAGAAUUGCUUGUAUUUUGAGGCCAAGAAUUUCAUAUUGUUGUAAAUAGAAAAAAUGAAAGGCAAUAAAAUUUUAUUGAACUACA